AGUCCGCCCCUUUAGGCCGGCUUUCCCCUGCCUCGCCCCGCCCCUUUCCCCGCCCAGGCGGCCAUGGCCAUUCCCGGCAUCCCCUAUGAGCGACGGCUUCUCAUCAUGGCGGACCCUAGAGAUAAGGCGCUUCAGGACUACCGCAAGAAGCUGCUGGAGCACAAGGAGAUCGACGGCCGUCUGAAGGAGUUAAGGGAACAAUUAAAAGAACUUACCAAGCAGUAUGAAAAGUCUGAAAAUGAUCUGAAGGCCCUGCAAAGUGUUGGGCAGAUUGUGGGUGAAGUGCUUAAACAAUUAACUGAAGAAAAAUUCAUUGUUAAAGCUACGAAUGGACCAAGAUAUGUUGUGGGUUGUCGUCGACAGCUUGACAAAAGCAAGCUGAAGCCAGGAACAAGAGUUGCUUUGGAUAUGACUACACUAACUAUCAUGAGAUACUUGCCGAGAGAGGUGGAUCCAUUGGUUUACAACAUGUCUCAUGAGGACCCUGGGAAUGUUUCUUACUCAGAGAUUGGAGGGCUGUCAGAACAGAUUCGAGAACUGAGAGAGGUAAUAGAAUUACCACUCACAAACCCAGAAUUAUUCCAGCGUGUGGGAAUAAUACCUCCAAAAGGCUGUUUGUUAUAUGGACCACCAGGCACAGGAAAAACACUCUUGGCACGAGCUGUUGCUAGCCAGCUGGACUGCAAUUUCUUAAAGGUUGUAUCUAGUUCUAUUGUAGAUAAGUACAUUGGUGAAAGUGCCCGUUUGAUUAGAGAAAUGUUUAAUUAUGCAAGGGACCAUCAGCCAUGCAUCAUUUUUAUGGAUGAAAUCGAUGCUAUUGGUGGUCGCCGGUUUUCUGAGGGUACUUCAGCUGACAGAGAGAUCCAGAGAACUUUAAUGGAGUUACUGAAUCAGAUGGAUGGAUUUGAUACUCUGCAUAGAGUUAAAAUGAUCAUGGCUACAAACAGACCAGAUACACUGGAUCCUGCGUUGCUGCGUCCAGGAAGAUUAGAUAGAAAAAUACAUAUUGAUUUACCAAAUGAACAAGCAAGAUUAGAUAUAUUGAAAAUCCAUGCAGGCCCCAUUACAAAGCAUGGCGAAAUAGAUUAUGAAGCAAUUGUGAAACUUUCAGAUGGCUUUAAUGGAGCAGACCUGAGAAAUGUUUGUACUGAAGCAGGUAUGUUUGCAAUUCGUGCUGAUCAUGAUUUUGUAGUUCAGGAAGACUUCAUGAAAGCAGUUAGAAAAGUGGCUGAUUCUAAGAAGCUAGAGUCGAAAUUGGACUAUAAACCUGUGUAAUUUAAUAUAAGGUGUUUGACGGCUGCAUGACAGACACUGACUUAAUGUAAAAAUAAAGUUAAGGAAAAUAAUGUGUGUAUUGGCAGUGAUCUCAUUAAAACCAAAUAAAAUGUAUGUGAAUAACAUCAUAAAAUUAGUAUGUAAUUCAGUAAUUCAACUUUAAAAUUGAUACAGAAAAAAUUUGUAUGUUAAUGUUGCAUUAUUGCAGCAGAAGUUAUGAGUAUUGAACUUUUCAUAUUUGCAAUGUGAGCAUUUUGUAAAACAUUGAAAGUCAUUUGAGAUAGUAUGAGAGCAUUUCUUAUGACUUAUUUUAUAUCAUUUGUUUUCCUCAUCCUAAAACUGAAUAAAACCUGUUUGAUUUAGUGCUACAUCUAUUCUUGUCUUUUCUAACAGUACAUUUGCCUCUUUUAAGGUUCUUCCAUAAUUAAACUGUUCAUUUUGAUAAUUUAGAUGAAGUUGAAAUUAGAUAGUAGGUCUCUGAAUUUUAUUUUAAAACAGUACCAACACUUGAAAUACAAAAAAAUCAUCUUACUAUAUGUAACAUAAAUGCAUAAGUGUAUAUAUAUGGUUUUCCUUCCAGAAAGUGUUUAUCCACUCUUCAUCUAUUGUGACUAGGCCACUUGAUAAUUAACUGAAAAAGUACACGUACAUCUACAACUUAAGAUUGUUAUUUAAGGAAAUAUUUCAUAGUUAAUUCAUAUGACUUGGUUUUGUUAAUAGUAGUUCCCUUUUGAGAAUGUUAUCUAUAGAACCUUCUUCCCAGAACACAAUUUUAUAUGUACUGUAAUUUCAAGAGAUUUGUUAUUUCCCAGCUCACCCAUGGAUUCUAUAAAUAUAUAUGGAUACAGGUGAAGAGUAUCUGAUGUAAGGGAUGAUGAUACCUAAAAUGUUCAAAAGUUCUGUUACCUACACACAAUUCUCAUUUCACGUGGCGAUAAAAGUUUUAACAAAUUACAUAAGAGAAUCAUCACUGAACCACUGUUAGAAGGUACUGUUAAAAACUGAAGUAUUUCAUAAACCCUAAAGAACCAAUGAAACAAGACCUAGUUAAUUAUAUGAUUAUUCUUCAAGUUAUAAACCUACUAGUCACCUUUCUGCCAUUUACAAUAUUUAAAAGACAUCAGUUUACAUAGCAGUAGCGAAUGUGAGCACUGGGGCCAGUUACCUAAUACUCAGUCCAACAGUUCCAAGUGGGUUGUUUGUGCCCUAGGUGAAAACCGGGAGAAGGGCUAAGUCAAACAAGCUUGGGAUCUUUUCACUUGCAUCCACUGUACCUUGCAUCUAGUUAAUCUUGCCUUUUCCCCUUUGUGCUGCUGGUGGUUUAUUAAAUACUCUGAUGCACAAA